UUCAACCACCAAAAAAAAUCAUCUUCAUAAACACCUCAACCUCAACCACCUUCUUCUUGAGCUUGACCCUUAAGUGUCUAUGUAUAGCACCCAAUCUCAUAACAAUUCCCAAACCCACACUUACUCCCAUGGUGAAUCAUCGACCUCCAACUUGAGCCCUUUCCACUCAUACUAUAACAAAUCCCGCAAUCUCUUACAUAAUAUGCAUGCAGGUGCAGCACGUUUUAAUAAAUCUAAUGGUAUUGUAUUGCAAAAUAACAACAGGGUAACAUGGCUGCAACCGAAGAGCCUAAUCAAUACCAGACCAUGCACGAAGAACUUCCAUACAGGGUGAUUGUAGCAAUCAGCAAGAUACUGAACAAGUGCUGGGAUGGAGUAGAUAAUACACACACGAUAACGGUGGAGAUAUUACAGAUGACGAAGCACUACAAAUGGGAUUCAAAGGUGGUGCUAGCCUUACUGGGUUUUGCAAUGACCUUUAGUGAGUUUCCGCUUGUGCUCCGGCUUUACAAGACCAACCCAGUGGCUUAUGCAGUCGCUCUUCUCAAGCAAUAUUUGCCACGCUUAAGAUUGGAUCAUAAAGUGGCUGAUGCGUUCUUCGCAUUGAAUAGACAAAUUCUUGAUGUGACUAACAAAAUUGUCGAUUUCUAUGACCUUCCUCUUCAUAACUUCUUUACUGCCGAAUCGCCUGAAAUUUUAGCUGCCAAUUCUUACAUUCCCCUAGCUGUUUACUGGGUCAUCAGAAGUAUUGUCGUUUCGAUUUCACUAGCACAAUUUUUGACCUUGGGAGACGAGGGAAUCGACUUGCUAGAAACAGAUCGAUUGGAAUCAACCGGAAAACUCGACAGCAUAAAAGGCCUUCUUGCGGAGCUAAUUGAAAACCGUAACAAAUCAGCUACAAUCGAGAAAAGUAGUACUGCAGAUGGAUAUCAGAACAUGCUAAGCAUUUUAUUAGGAUCAUCGUUAUACACUACAGAUAACUCAAAAACCUUGAACAUUUUGUUUGAUAAACCAGGACUCUAUGAUUGUUACAACAAGAAAAAGGUCUCUAAUAAGCAUUUGACUAACAAAGUUGUAGCAUUAUUCAUUACGGGUCUGGACAGUGAUCUGACAACUGGGGCUGAGUGUGCAAUCCUUCAACAAACGUACCUCGAAAAGUGGCACAAUCCCUCAAGUAUUGCGAGUAAUUUCGAGGUUGUUUGGCUGCCAAUCAAUUGGGAUACUAAUAAUAACUGGAGUGAAGAGAACUUGGAGCUGUUUAAGAGCCUAAGAGACCAGAUGGAAUGGUAUUCAGUGGAAAAUCCUUCAAAAGUGGAUUUAAUGGUAUUUAAGCUCAUCAUUGAGCAGUUAAACUUUUUGGAGAACCCUCUGCUAGUGGUAUUGGACACACAAGGAAAAAUUGUGCAUAAGAACGGCAUAUACAUGAUGUGUACCUGGGGAAGCCUUGCAUACCCUUUUACUACUCACAGAGAAGAGUCAUUGUGGAAGGAAAUGAGUUGGUCAAUUGACUUUUUGAUUGACAACAUGGACCGAAAUAAGGAUAUCUGGAUCAACGAGGGAAAACACAUUUGCUUAUACGGAGGAGAUGAUGUAAAAUGGAUUCAGAAGUUUACUAAGAUUGCAAAAGAUGUUGCUAAUAUAGCUGCAAUCGAUUUGGAGUUUCUUUAUGUGGGGAGGAGCAAGCUUAAGAAGAGACUGGUAAAAGUAAUUGACAUUAUUCGGAAGGAGAAUCUAAGCAACUCACUAGAUUGGAACAUUAUAUGGUAUUUUUGGGUGCGCUUGGAGAGCAUGCUAUACUCCAAAAAUUUGAACAAGAGAGGGAAUUGUGACUCUAUAAUGCAAGGGAUAAUUGCAUUGUUGAGGUUCGACGCUGAACACCAAAAUUGGGCCAUAAUUAGUAGCGAGUCCGGUGACAUGGUUAUGGCUAAUGGGCAACAAAUGCUCCAAGGUUUGCGUCAGCUUUUGAAGAUGAAAUCAAGGCAGAAAAAAAGAGGCAGCUUUGUGCAUUCUCUAAAUGAUUACUUUGACAAAACAUUUCCUGCUCCAUCUGCAGUCCUGGACAUGUAUGCCAGUCACAUAUUCACUGUCACAGUAUCAAAGAAAGAUUACGAAGUAUUUAAGGUGGUUGAAUGCAUUUUGGAAUCAACGAACAUUCACGAUUACUCAAAGUCUAGGAGUACUUUAUUCAACUACAACCACAACCACAACCACAACAAUAGAGCAGUAUUCAACGAUUUCAACAGCAAGAAGCGGAUUUCCAACCAUAACUUGAGAAGAAAGGCUGUAGUCUUAUUCAUCACAGAUCUUGACCCUGAACUCCCAUAUGGACUUGAAUAUGUAACUCUAAAAAGAACUUACCUUGAAAAGUGCAAUAAUCCAAUUAAGACCGAGAGUCAAUAUGAUUUAGUUUGGGUACCAGUUGUGGAUGUUUGGGCUAGCGAGAGUCAUGAGAUUUUCGAAAGCCUUAAAGAACAUAUGGAGUGGCAUUCAGUGCACCAUCCUUUGAUGUUGCCGCUCAAAGUAAUAAUGUACAUCAGACAAAAGUGGAACUUUACUAAGAAGCCUCUGGUUGUGGUGAUGGACACGCAAGGUAAAAUUGUGCACCAGAAUGCGAUCCAUUCGAUGAGUAUUUGGAGGAGCCAAGCUUAUCCUUUUAGUACCGAUCAUGAGAAAUUGAUGUGGAAGAAUACGCGUUGGUCGAUCGACCUUAUAGUGGACAACCUCGAACCAAAUAUGCAUAACUGGGUCCAAGAGAAAAAGCACAUAUGCUUGUAUGGAGGUGAAGACAUAGAUUGGAUUAAGAAAUUCACAAGGAUUGCUAAAGACGUUGCAAAAGAAGCUAACAUCACCUUAGAGUUGCUUUAUGUGGGAAGUAGCAACCCUGAUCAAGAUAGAGUGAAGAACAUUAUAGAGAUUAUUGUUAAAGAGAAUCUAAGCAGAACGCUUGUGUGGGACCUCAUUCGGUACUUCUGGAUGCGGCUGGAGAGCAUGUGGAACUCCAGAAGGCAACUACCUCAGUCCAAGAAUAUGAGGAAUGACUCCAUAAUACAGGGGAUCGAUGAAAUGCUUAACUAUGGCAUAAGUGAGAAAGGAUGGGCUAUGAUCGGCAUGGGACUUGGAAAGAUUGCUAGGGGCAGUGGAGAAAACAUGCUCAAGGCCUUGGUCGACCAUGAGAAGUGGGAAUCAAGGGAUAAGGAUGAGUUUGUGCCUGCAUUGGAUGAGUAUCUUCACACCAUGCAACUCAUUUCGCUACAGCAGCACGAAAUAAAUAAAGGAGAAUUUGAGUUUCUUGAAUGCCUUUUCAAAACUACUCACAUUGAUAACUCAAAGCAUUUGAAUGCCUUAUUCCAUUACGAUGGUAGACAGCCAGCUCUCUACGAUCGCCUUAACAAUACAACGAUUUUCGCUGAGAAACUGGUGGGGAAAAUUGUAGUCAUGAUCAUUACAGAUAUAGAACCCCAACUAACACUUGAGACUGAAUACAAACUCUUGAGACAAGUGCACGUCGAAAACAGGUUCAACACAAGUCCCGAUUAUAAUCAAUUUGAGAUGGUUUGGGUCCCAAUUGCAGAGAAUUGGACUGACGAGAAAUACAAGUUGUUUGGGACACUGAAAAACCAAAUGGAUUGGUACACGAUCCACCAACCAUCAGUGGUGUCUCCAGUAGUCAUAAGGUACAUCAAAGAGAAGUGGAACUACAACAACAAGCUUAUGCUUGUGGUUAUGAACGAAAGAGGUGAAAUCGUGCACCACAACGCCUUCAACAUGAUGUGUCUAUGGGGAAUCGAUGCUUAUCCUUUUUCUAUUGAAAAAGAAAAAUCCAUGUGGAAGAGCUACGUAACCUGGUCCCUUGACCUUCUUGUUUAUUACAACCUUGAACCAAACGAAAUACGUUUAUGGGUUCAAGAAGGAAGAAAACACAUAUGCUUUUACGGAGGAGAAAGCAUGGAGUGGAUGCAGAAAUUCACAAGGACGGCUAAAGAUGUGGCAAGAGAAGCUAAUAUCACCUUGGAGUUUUUUUACGUGGGAAUGAGGAAAUCAGAAGAGCGACAAGGGGCUGUGAUCGAAGGCAUAGUCGAUAGGAUUCCUAAAGUGAACCCAAUAAGCAAAACGCUUGAUAAGUACUCCAUUUGGAACUUUUGGAUGAGACUGGAGAGCAUGAUGCACUCCAGGUUAGGACAACUGACCGAUACUGAUAAAGCAAAGAAAGACCCGGUAUUAAAAGGGAUCAAUACAAUACUUAGUUAUGGAUUAAACGAGCAGCAAGGGUGGGCGGUGAUCGGUAAGGGUAGCAAUGAGAUUGUCAUGGGCAAUGGAGAAGACAUGUUGAUGGGGUUGGUUGAGCAUAAUCUGUGGAAGUCGAAGAUGAAUUGGUGGACUGGCUUUGUGCCUGCUUUGGAUCAGUACCUCCCCACCGUGCAACUGAAGCGCGGUAUGGAGAUGCUUGGACGCAAUUUCAUGGACCAACCUGAUAACACAAAGCCACUGGCUGCUUUGUUCCACUUCAAGGAUGGCCAGCCAGCACUCUACGAUUCUUACAGAACGAGAAGGGUUCCAGUUGAAACGCUCAAGGGGAAACAUGUAGCCCUGUUCAUUACUGAUCUAGAUUUUAAAGUCACAAAUGGGGUUGAGUACUUCUUGCGUCAGAUGUCCUCAGAAAAGAGGCAAAAAUCCCCCAAGAGAUCUGAGAGUCAUCUUUACGAGGUAGUUUGGGUCCCAAUCUCAGACAAUUGGGAUGACAAUCGAUAUAAGCUGUUUGAGACCCUCAGGAAUGGAAUGGAAUGGCACACGAUCUACCAUCCUUCUGCAGUGUCUCCGGUGGUCAUCAGCUACAUAAAAAAAAAGUGGAACUUCACUACUAAGAAACCUAUGGUUGUAGUUAUGGACGCCCAAGCUCAAAUUGUGAACCGCAAUGCUUUCUACAUGAUGUGUAUCUGGGGACCUAAAGCCUACCCAUUUUCGUUUGCCGAAGAAAAAUUAUUGUGGGAGAAAACUAGCUGCUUCUUAGACUUAAUCAUGGACGACCUCGACCAAAAUAUGGCUAUCUGGAUGCAAGAGAAGAGAUAUAUAUGCUUGUACGGAGGAGAUGAUAUAGAAUGGAUCCGAAAAUUCACGAGGACCGCAAAAGAAGUAGCGAGGCAGUCUGAUAUCCCCUUAGAGUUGCUUUACGUGGGAAUGAGAAAUGCCGAGGCAAGUAAUGAGAAAGUUAGAAGUAACAUUAUAAAUAUAAUUUGUAAAGAGAACUUGAGCAAAACGCUUGACAUUACCAAUAUGCGGUUCUUUUGGUUAAGAGUGGAUAGCAUGAUGCGCUCCAACGAAAGGUUAACGAUCAACACCGCAACGCAGCCGAUCCUUCAAAUGUGGAGCUAUGGAUCCAAUAAGAAAGGGUGGGCCUUGGUAAGUAGGGCUUCAUCUCUUGAGGUGGCCAUGGGUAAUGGGGAACACAUGUUCAAGGUCUUCGUCGAACACCUUCAAUGGAUGCCGAUGGAGAAGGAGCUUGGGUUUGUGGCGGCUCUGGAUGAGAACCUUCGCAAAAUACAAGUUCUACCUCACUCUUUUAGAAGCGGAUAUCUACUCGCUUCGUCCUGUCCCGAAUUCAUGGCUUGCUCUGAGUGUGGUCGCAUAAUGGAGAAGUACAACAUAUUAAGAUGUUCUACACACGAUUGCGACCAUGGGUUUGCUACUUAA